GCUCUUGAAUGGCAGGUGGGGGUCUUCGUUGAAAGCGAAAAAUGCUCUACUUAUGUACUUGUUAACUUUUUUCACUUUAAACAUUUUUAACAAAUAGUUAAUCAAUAAGGAAUAUCUCACGAUGUCAAACCCCAAAAUGGGGAAAACGGGUGAAGAAGUAUAUGUCAUUGCAAAAUACGACUAUACAGCUCAAGGCAGCCAAGAAUUAGAUAUCCACAAAAAUGAAAAAUUAAUUCUUUUAGAUGAUAGCAAACAUUGGUGGAAAGUACAGAAUUCUAAAAAUCAAGCUGGAUUUGUACCAUCAAAUUAUGUAAAACGUGAAAAACCAUCUAUAUUUGAUAGUAUUAGAAGGAAAGUAAAGAAAAAAAGUGAACCAAAAAUGUCUCCUACAUCAUCUCCAGUGGCAGCUAAAGAAUCAGAUAUAAAUAUUAAUCCUUCUAAAAAUCUUCCUGUAGUAAAUCAAAGUGAAAUUAAUACAACAGCUCUUGCAAAAUAUAAUUAUGAAGCCCAACAAUCAGAUGAAAUAUCAUUAAUAAAAGGAACAAGAGUUUUAGUUUUGGAAAAAUCAAGUGAUGGAUGGUGGAAAGGUGAGACUAAUGGUCAAGUUGGGUGGUUUCCUUCAAAUUAUGUUCAGGAAGAAGUUGAUGAAAUUAUUGAAGUCAGUCAAAAUUGUGCUCCAGUUCUUGUACCAGAAAGUAUGCCAGUAAACCACAGUUUUGAUAUUGUCAUUGCACUUUAUACUUUUACAUCACAAAAUGAGGAGGAAUUGUGUUUCCAAAAAGGUGAACAGUUAGAAAUAAUCCAGCGCCCAUCCAAUGAUCCAGAUUGGUGGAAGGCAAGAAACAAAAAAGGAGAAAUUGGUCUUGUGCCAAAAAACUAUCUAAAAGUUAUUUCUAAGGGUAAAGGAAAAAUUUCAGAAUCAGAAACUGCAGCCGUCAAAGGAUUUGUGCCUGACAUCCCAAAUUGCCGUGAACAGGAUAUAAAUGGUGCUGAACAGGAAAUGUCAAAGCUUGGUCUUGGUGCUAGUGGAGGUGUUUCAAAUGCAGUCAAAGAUGUUGUCAACAGACCUGAUCUAAGUAAUAAAGAAUGGUUCUUUGGAAGUAUUACUCGUGGCCAAUGUGAUCAGAUGCUCAAUGAAUUUGCAGAAGAUGGAGAUUUUGUGAUCCGGGAAAGUGAAACAAAUCUGGGUGACUAUUCUGUAUCCUUAAAAGCUUCCACCAGGAAUAAACACUUUAGAGUCCAUGUUGAAGAUGGUGUGUUUUGUAUUGGUCAACGUAGGUUCAAUACCUUAGAUGAACUGGUAGAGCACUAUAAGAAAGCUCCAAUAUAUACGAGUCCUCAUGGUGAAAAAUUAUAUCUUAUUAAAUCAUUCCAAAGGCCCCGAUGAAAAAUGAGAAAAACAAUCAUAACAAUGCCUAUUGCAUCACUCAAUCCCAGUUUUGCCUAUUUUUCAUAUUUGUUUACAAAAUGGCCAUUAAGAAAAUAUAUGUAUGAAUUGACUUUUUCAAUUUGUUACUCAACUGAGGAUAUGACAGUUGAAAGUAACAAAUUAGCAAAGAAAGUUUUAGAUUCUUUGCUAACAUUUUAACAGAUAUUGAAUCUCAAACAAUUAUUCCUAUAUUUAAGAUUGUAUACAUUAACCUAUUAUAUGUUAUACUAGUAAAUGUAUUCAAUUUACAGUUUUAUAUAUGUGCAGUCAAUUCUUGAUUAUCCAAACUAAUGGAGUGAGUAACAAUUUAGAAUUAAGUUUGAUUAUUUGUAAGAAAUAUCUAGAGCUCUUUACACUCUUAGUGUUGAUUUGUAAGAUAUCUUAGUUUUUAUAGCAGAGAUUACAUUAAAUGUUUCUCAAAUUACAGUCUAGCCUUUUUUUAUAAUAAUUAGAUUUUCUAUCACAAGUAGCAAUGAAUUGCUUUAUUAUUUGGCAUAAUACACUAUAUAUAACCACUGGAAAUAAAUUCAUCUUGAGCAGAAAUAUAUUUUUAGUUUAUGAAAAAUUUAAUAUGUUGAGUUCAAAAUUUGUUUUCUGUAGUAAGGUGUUUUACAAAAACACUAAAAUUAUUUAAAAUUAUUUCAUGCUGUGCUAAAACUUCUAAUUAUUUGACACAGUAAUAUAUUUAUUAACAAACUGAAAAACUUGCAUUACUGUUGUCCAGAAAUUUAAUUGUAGUUAAUAGUUUUAAUUUUAAUUGGAUUAAUUAAACAAACUUAUAUAUUGUUAAUUCAAUUUUUUGAUAUAUAGAGAAUAUUUCUUAAAUUUAAAUAUUCAUUAUAAUUAAAAAUAAACAAUCGACCUUGAAACAUAGAGCUGCACAUUUUUAAUUAUAAAAUUAAAGUUAAUAUGUAUUUGCUACUCCAUACAAACUGUAUUUUUGCAAUAUAUUUCAUUUUGUAUUGAAAAUCUUACAAGAGUUUACAUGGGAUUUUCAUUAAAUUGAAGAUGAUUUGAUCAUAUAAUCUGAUUACUUAUUUUCAAAAUAAUCAGAUAUAUACGAAAGUAGUUUGAUAUAUAGCUCUAGUCACUACAUAAAAUAUUGAAAUUUUUAAUUGCUUUUUUGUUUUUUGAAGCAAGCAAAGUUUUUAAUCAUAUAUUUAAUGUGUCAUAUUGAAAUCAUUUUAAAGUAGUAAAAGUCAAAUGGUCUUCAUUAUACAAACUAUAAAUUUUUCUUUAGAGUAAUAUCUAAAUCUGUCAUGUAAAUAGUAGCUUUAUAUGUAGUAAAUCACAUGAUAAAUAUAGGUUUUUUUGUAUUCUGUUAAUAUUUUGAACUAUUAUUAUUACAUUUAAAUAUUAUGUAACAAUUUAGUAUAUUAUGUAACAACUUAUCAAUAAUAAUAAAAUUUAGUAAAACAACUGGAAAUAUUUUCUUGCUAGAACUAUUAAAAAUGAUCUAUUUUUUUGAGAUAGAUUUUCCAGAGUUUUCAGUUCUAUAUUUUCUAAUUUUAGAAUAUAAAUAUAUAGCAUUAAUUUAUUUUAAUAUUCAAAAAAAUUAAAAAAAUAAAGAAUAAAAACUAGUGUAAAUAACAAUGCUUUAAUGCAUUACAAGUAUAUGAAUGCAUGCAUACACAAAUGCAUAUAAAUAUUUAUAUAUGAAGUUUGCUUUACAGCAUUUAUUGCUAAUAAUGCUUUGGGCUUAUAUACAAAUAAUCAAAAGAUUAAUGUCAGUUAAAUUUAUUAAAAGAUUAAGUAGAUGUUUUAUUAAAAAAUAUCUAAUACUUAAUGGAAAAUUAAGAUUGUAUUUUCUAAAUACAGUAGAAUUUUAAUUAUCUGGUGAUGGGAUGGAUAGCAAAAAAGUCCAGAUAAUACAGAAUCAAAUGUAAUAUGAACUGUAGUUGAAAAUAGAUUGUUAGAUAGCUUUACAGAAUUAAAAUUAUAAAAAGCCUUAAAGUACUCAUUUUCAGUUCUAGAUGAUUAUUAUUUAACAGGUUAACAGGGAAAACUUGAAUAAUCAAAACUUUACUAUAGCUUAUUUUAUUAAUUCUAUGAAUGAAAUUAAAUAGUUCAGUAAUUAAGUUCUUUAGUUUAUUUUUGAACUGGUAUUCUUUCUUUUGAU